CAAAUAAGUCUAAUCAACGAUUUCUAAACGAAGAAAAAUGGCGAACGGAACAAGCCUUGUCGACAGCGAGUAUAAAGAAAAUCUGAGUGAAGGGGAGACAACCAGCAGCGAAGAUGGUACAGGAGAGAUAACUGUACAAAGUGAGGCUCAUGUCAAAACAUCAGCAUCCUCAUCAAAGAAAGAUAAGAAAAAACACAAACACAAACAUAAGCACAAACAUAAACAUGGAAGUGACCGACAUAAACAUAAACACAAACGCAAGAAACACAAAACUGAUAAAGUGUCUGCAGAAGAAAACCCAAAUCCUAAAAAGAAAAUGCGACUUGAAGACAGUGAUUUAGAAAAACUUGAAGCUGCUAGGGAAGCUCUCAAAGCAGUACUUAAUGCUGAGGGUGAUGAAUCCAUGGUUAAUUCCAUGAACCUCAUUGCACAGGGUUAUGCGGAUAGUGAGGAGGAAGAGGAAGAGGGGGAAGUUGAUCAUGAGGAAACAAAAGCAGAGAAAGUGAAAAGACGAGAAUGGCAAAUGUUGGAAAUGGCAUUAGCAGAUAAAAGUAAAGAGACAGAGGAAGUUGACGAAACUUCAGAUAUUGAAAUUACUGGUGUAGAAAAUAUAAAAAAGUCAAAUUCUAGUAGCAGGAAGAGUAAAAGAAGUGAUGUUGGUCAUAUACGAAACGAAAGCAAAGACAGGAGAAAUAAAGAGAAAAAAGACUCUAGUAGAAAGAAAAUAUCAAGGAGUAAAUCUCCAAAAGGGAGACGUGAAAAUAAUAACACUGAUAGAGAUCGAGAUCACAGAAUUGAACGUGAUGAUAGGUCAUUCAUGAUCAGGAAGGAACGCAGCGGACCCGCAAGUAGGUCACCUGUCCGUCGAAGAUCUCCAAGGGAUAGGGACAUUUCGCCCCGCAGGGAAGGUGUUAGAAUGGAUGAAAGGAGAAUAAGAGAAGAUGUACAAAUUGAUCGAGAUACGGAGCGGAAAAGAAAACGAUCACCAGAAAGACGGUUUUCUCCACCAAGACGAAUAUCUCCUGGUCGCCGAACUCCACCAGGCCGCCGACCUUCACCUGCCCGACGAUCUCCUCUACGUCGUCUUUCUCCUUCACAACGUUCUUCACCGUUUCGCAGAAGAUCCCCAGAUCGAAGGUCACCAGGGCGUAUGGGAGAAAGAUAUAGGAGGUCUCCAAUGAGAAAUAGGCGUCCAUUUGACCGUGAUGACAGGAUCCGAGAUCGUUAUGGGCGUCGAAGCAGGUCACGUGACCGACACAAUAGGUCAAAGGACAAGCCUGAGGACAAGUUUAAAGGAAGUCUAUCGGAGGGUAUGACAAAGGUCAAGGAGGAAUCAGACGAAGAAUUAGACCUUGACUUCACCAGUGAUGAGGAUGAUGAAGAUAUACUGAUUGAGAAGAGACGGAAAGAGCGAGAGGCCUUGUUACAGAAACUGAAUCCUGUAAUGAUAGAGGAGAAUGAGGACAGUCGUCUGACAACAGAUGGUGGGGAGACAAUGGCGACCCACAGUGGCAGUGAUUCCUCCGACUCCUCCGAGUCGGACAGUGACGACCUCGUGGGUGAGGAAGACAUCUACGACUUUGAGGAGUCCAUGGACAAAAAACGGAAAGCAUUACAAGACCUCUCUGCCAACGACACCAAGGAAGAAAAAGCAGUGGAAUCCACAGAGAAAUCUGCAGCCAAGAAGUCGGAUAUGUUUUCAGAAACCACAGACAUGUUCAAUGAAAAUUACGUCUUUAAUCAAAGCCCUAGCAGUGCUUACCAGUUUUUGUCAUCUGCUCACGAAAACGCCAACCUCACAGACAACUGGGAUGAUGCUGAGGGCUACUACAGGGUGCGUAUUGGUGAAAGCCUGGACAAGCGCUACACUGUGUUUGGGUUUACGGGACAAGGUGUGUUCAGUAACGUUGUGCGAGCCCGUGACACCGCAAGGACUGGGCAAGACGUUGCCAUCAAAAUUAUCAGAAACAAUGAAAUGAUGCACAAGACUGGUCUGAAGGAACUGGAAUUUUUGAGAAAACUCAAUGAUGCUGACCCAGACGACAAAUUUCACUGCUUGAGGUUGUACAGACACUUUUUCCACAAAAACCAUCUCUGCCUUGUGUUUGAAUCUUUAAGUAUGAACCUGAGAGAGGUGCUGAAGAAGUAUGGCAAAGACAUUGGUCUGCACAUCAAAGCUGUCCGCUCAUACGCCCAGCAACUUUUCCUUGCUCUCAAACUUCUCAAGCGAGCUAGCAUCCUCCAUGCUGACAUCAAGCCAGACAAUAUCCUGGUGAAUGAGUCUAAGUUACUUUUAAAGUUGUGUGACUUUGGCUCUGCUUCCCAUGUUUCUGAGAAUGACAUCACACCGUAUCUGGUGAGUCGUUUCUACCGAUCCCCAGAAAUCAUCAUCGGGAUGGGAUAUCAUCACAGUGCUGACCUGUGGUCUGUAGGGGCCACCAUCUUUGAACUGUACACGGGUAAAAUCCUCUUCCCUGGCUCUUCCAACAAUGAGAUGUUAAAAUUCAUGAUGGACGUUAAAGGCAAGAUGCCAAACAAGAUGAUCAGGAAGGGUAUGUUUAGGGACCAACACUUUGAUCCCAGCUACAACUUCCUGUACCAUGAGGUGGACAAAGUGACACACAGGGAGAAAGUGACAGUAUUGAGCAUGAUCAACCCAUGCAAGGACCUUCUGGCUGAGCUGAUUGGUUACCAGCGUCUCCCAGAUGACCAACUCAGGAAGGUCACACAGCUAAAGGACCUACUGGAGAAGGUGCUGAUGAUGGACGCGAGUAAGAGGAUCACCAUAAACCAGGCUCUCACUCACCCAUUCAUUCAGGAGAAGAUCUAGACUGUGGUCACCUUGACAGUGAUGAGUUCAAAGGCUGUAACCGUGACACUGAAUACUUCAGAGAGUGGACUACUGACAAAUUGUGGGUUCAGAAAAUAAUAAAAUGUUUGAGUGAUAGAAAUUCAAACAUUUUGUGAACAAAAAUGUGGAUUUUCCGACACAGAUAGGUAAACCACAUGGUUUAUUUGACUCUUUGGAAAGUGGGGAAAUGUUAGUGGCGGUAAGAUAUAAAUCCUACACACACAAAAAGAACAUUUUACAUGUGAACUUGUGCUUUUCUUACAGGGAUCAAUGUUGCUGUUUCUGUUCAAUACAUACUGAGUAUACAUAUGAAAUCUCACACAGGUGUGAUAUUCUUGUUAAAGGACGAAGAAAGGGGACUUUGUUUACGUUACUAUUGAUACUAUACACUAUUUUAAUGAUUAUGAUAAUCACGUGUUUACAUUUCAGUGAAUGAAACAGCAGAUAUGUUCCAUGAAAUCAAAGAUGAUGUGAUGGACCAAUCACAGAGCUUGUAUUAUGUUUUGAUGGAAGACUGUGAUUGUGAAUGGACCAAUCACUCACCUUGUUAGUUAUAAUGAUGGAAAAGGUUUUUCAAAGGUAACCAUGAGUAUAAAACCUAGUGUGAUUUUUAAUUAUUUCAGACUUUAUGUUAAACAUAUGCCAGGCUAAUUGUAGACUUGUGCAUCAGCUGUGUUUGUUUGUACUAAACUAGGUAAGUUACCCUUUUUUUUACACAAUGUUGAUACUCAGACUUGGAGAGAGAAAAAACAAUCAGUCUUUCCGAACAGGUAAAACGUGUUAUUUUAAACUUUUGAAUGUCAAGUAAGGCAAUAUUUAAACUCUGGUAUAAAUUGCAGCAUGUUUAAAACAUUUUGUUACUGGUACUUUUUUUUUCUGUAAUUCUCAUAAAAUGAAAGUUAUAAAUAUCUGCAUUCAAAAAUCAAAUAAAAGGAUAAAGUUGAAUUAAUGAUUGUAAUAUUUUUCUCAUUUAAGUAUGUGCUUUUCUUGUAGUUCUUGCAUUAUAUUCUUUAUUUUAAACUUUAUUUUUAAAAUACAAAAAAAAAUAUUGUCCUUUUUUAGAUAUGUAUAGUUAGAGCAUGAUUUGGUAUCAAAAACCCUUCUCCUAAAUUAUUCUGACUUUUUCAUUCCAGGUCAGGCAAGCUUAGGCCAGACCUACAUGUUACUGCCGUUGACAGCUAACAUUGUCAUAUAACUCAGAUAAGUCUUUACAAUUCUAUAUCUCAUCAUCCAAAAACAUAUCAUACUAAUGGAAAUGGUUCUAAACUCAUUGAUUUUUCGCUUAAUUUUUUUUUUUUUUUUAGAUUUGAGAACAUUCAUUUUGAAAGGUACCAAAAUGUCCUUUCGUAAGAAAAACAUCUACAUAGUAAAUAGAACUGCUCAUGGUCAUUUAGAAUAAAAAGUUUGUAAAAAAUAUCAAAUCUGAUGUAUCAUACACUGUUCCAAAAUGUUGAAUUGUGUAGACAACUAUAAAACAUUGUCCUGAUUUCAUGCUAUGUCUAAUAAAGUACAUCUGUUUUUUGUCAUGUUACUUCAAGAUAUAGAAUUUUCUGUUAGAUAUAUUGGUUAUAACAUGUAGCGACAUUUGAUGAAGAGAGGUGAAAAUCUCUAAAAUUGUAUAUUUCUUUCCGUUUGGACAGAUACAACUAUGGAUUAAAAUUUCCAAGCCAUAUCUUAAGUUUUCCUGUUUUAUUGAGUGGUAACUACAUUUUUUACUCGUGAGAUUUUGUUUAACAUUUGAAUUUUUUCAGUUGGCAUUGCCUUUCUGGCAAGUUGAAAGUCUUAUUUACUCCAGUAACGAAACAUGUGUACCUUUCAAAAAAAAAAUCAAUCUUUUUUCCUUUAUGAUCAGUUGUUGAAAUUUAUAAAUUUCAUAAAAUUCAAUGUAAAAAUAUUAUAUACACAUUUUAUGUGUUGAAAUAAUGAUGAAGUUCAGUUACUGGAGCAGAGAGCUUUCAUAGAAUCUUCACAAAGUUAUUACAGAUAUUGUAUACUCAAUCUAAAAGAAGAAUGCAUGUGCCAUAGCGUACUGUUGUUUAAAUACUAAUGAAAUUAAAUUUGAUUGGCUAAAAUUGAUAGCUAUAUGCACCCGGAAUAUAGUGCGAGAUGAUUUUCACAAACUUUUUCAUGGUUUAUCAGAUUGAGUCUAUAAGAGUUAUUGUUGGAUAAUUCAAUAAAGAUAAUUGUGGAAUUCACCAGACAAAUAUGAACAUGAAAAGACAUGUUUGUACUUGGAAGAAUCCUUCUCAAACAGUGUAAUUCUUCUCUUUUGCAUCCAUCUGGUUCGAGAGCUGUUCCCUCUUCAGAAGUGACUGGUCACGAAAUUAUCGCUACAAUGGCAGCCUCGUGUUACCAUGGAAACAGGAAGUCGGUCAACCAUGACAGAUCAUGUAAUGUUACCCGUUCCUGGACAUGACAGUCUUAUUUUAUAGACAUGCAUGACUGAAUUUGUUGUUAUAUUGAACCCGUUCACUUUUAUUUCAGAAACAUUUUGAUUUGUUUGCAAGGGUCAGAUUUUGUUCAAAAUAAUAUGGGCAGGGUCAGAUUUAGUAUAAUUUUGAUAUCAAUUAUUGGCCAAAGAAGACUAUACUGGGAUGCAUAGAGCGCUUUUGUUAAUGCCUUACCGAAAAACCGUUUGUUCGAAAAGGAACACUUUUGAGGUUAAAAUAUCAGUUAGAAUUAUACAGGAUUAACUACUGUUAACUGUAUAAUUUAAACAUCUUGUUAAGCUUUCCAGAAAAGGCAAACAAUAUUUCACUUUUGAUAUGAAAUUAAAAAACUGAACCUUGAAAAAAGUUAUUAAAAAUCAUCCAAAAGUGAUAGUAAGACUUUAUUAGACUUUAUUAUUUGCUAGAAAAGGAUGAGAUACGAGAUACCCGAUCCCAAGUUUUAGUGCAGUGUCACCUGGUUCAAUGCUAAGCUUUCACAAUUGAAUCUUCUCUGCAGAGAUAUUGAGUGCUGCACAUGUAAGCUUUGUAAUGGAUUUUUAACCACAGAAUGUCCAUUCAGGAUCCUGCUGCAUGCUUAACAUCCAAAUACGUCCUUGAACGCCUAAACGUUGGUGAAGGAAAAGCAGUUACAUUCUUAUUGGGAUGAAAAAGAUAAACCAGUAUUUAUUCAUUACAGUACAUCAAGGGUGACAUCCAAUGCCCUACUUCUUAUGUUUCCCAAAGAGACCACCGUUAGGUUCCCUACCCUCAGGCCUCAGAACUUCCUUCUUUCAGAUAAAGGGGGGCUCAUCCCUUACAUAAACCAUUAAAAAUACUGGAGAUAUAGGUUUUACUGAGCAUACUACAAUUUUCAUAUUUAAAACAAGAAAAACAAGAAGAAAAUCCUUCUGUUUAAAAGCUUAUGAAACUUUUUUCCGUUGAAAUGACAAAAUCGCUUUUUAAAAGAAAUGUUUUUGGUUUGAGCCCCCCUACAGUGUUGUGUUGACGUAUUACUGGUUGCCUGUUUCUGUUUUUUAGGUGACACAUCCUUGGUACGGAGCCUGGACUUGACUUCACAAGGUUGUUGAUCCCUUCUCCCACCAUCUACAACACUUGUGGUCCAAAAUCUAUACUAGUUACAAUAGAAAAGUCUUUAUCACUUCUCAACAGUUACUAUUUGAGGGCAGUAACUUUUUUUUCAAAUGGAAAUACUAACCACCGGUAGUUGAUAACACAAAGAGUUUUUUUUUAUUGUUUUUAGGACAAUGUUGGAAUUUUAUGCUCAUAAAGGGUGUGUAAGUGUUUGCAAUAAAAACAGAAUUUCGUGUCAAUUUAUUUUUUGGUUUUAAGGCAGUUGAUCCAUUCAUGUUGUUACCUUACUACCUAAAAGUUGUGUUUAUACAGGUGGUUCACAGGUAAGUAUUACCAAACACGUGAUGUUGUUUUGAUAGCUCAUUUUCUGUUCUUUUCUAGGUAAGGAUUUUCUUAUACAUUUCUGUAAGUGGCCAAAAAUACCUGCAAUCCUGGGAGUGGUGUAUCACAGGAGAGGAUCAUACUGGAGUAUUAUACAACUUCAUUACAGGAAAUUCCCAACCUGAGGAACCUACCUGGAUUAGUUUGGUACAGCAACAUUCAAUGGUCUAACUUCAGUUGAGAGUAUUAUACAGUCAGUCACAAGUGGAGUUGACAUUAUUCCGUGCAAGAAGACUAUGAUAUUGUGGCAUUUUAGAUCGUGAUGAUUACAAAUAUCAAUGACUCCAACUGUCAAUAGAAGAUACAUACCAAAAAGGGAGCUAGAAAGAUCAUUAUUAAUCUUAUGAUUUUUAUAGAUAUUUUUCAAAAUCGUUGAUUUUAUGCAUUACCAAAAUUUAUAUAAAAUCUGUUGAAAUGCUUAGCAGUGUUUGCAUCU